AUGAAGAGUGGUGUGGCUAGCUUUGUUGCCUGGUGCGCGAUGGUGAUGGUGGUUGCGCUAGUGGCGGCGGAAACGGCGGCGGCGGCAAACUGCAACCCUAUGGAGCUGUCACCGUGCCUUGGGGCGAUGAUGGGGACGGAUAACCCUUCGGCGGUGUGCUGCCAAAAGCUCAAAGAGCAGGUGCCUUGCUUCUGCAACUACCUAAAGAACCCCACGCUCCGGCAAUUCAUCGACUCGCCGAAUGCAAAGAAGGUCGCCGCCGUGUGCGGCCUACAACAGCCGUCAUGUUGA